AUGGCCGUCGACCAAUCCAACCCCUACGGCUUGUCCGACGAGCAACGGACAAACCUCCUCAGCCUUACCCGCCAAUGCGCCGACCUGAAGCUGUUCGAGCUGCCCAGCGGGAUGACACCAGGGGAUGCCCCUGAUGCCAUCUGCGAUGAGUUUUCUCUUUUGCGCUAUCUCAAAGCCCGCAAAUUCAGCCCCCACGACGCCCUAAACCAGUUCCAGGCGGCGCGACAGUUCCGGGAGAAGAAUCGCGUCUUCGAGGUGCAUGAUCGCGUUCGCGUGCAGGACUUCGAGACGGCCAAGGGGGUGUACCCCUUCUGGACCGGCGCGCGCGACAAAAAGGGUCUCCCCGUCUGUCUGGUCGACAUGGUCAACAUGAACAAGAAGUCGCUGGCCGGCUGGCAGGACAGUCGAUUCCUGCCCCAUUCCGUCGAGGGCGAGGACCAAUUGCAGACGCUCGAUCUCCUGCAAUUGGCGUCUGCCAUCUUCGACGACAUCACCCGCUUCGUCUUCCCGCUGUGCUCGGCGCUCCAGGAUCCGUGCCACCCCGUCGCGAGCGCGAUCAUCCUUGUCGAUGCGUCGAACAUGAACAUGAUGCAGGGGUUUGAUCUGCGCGUGUUCGCCCGCGAUGUCAGCUCGCUCUUGACGACGUGUUAUCCUGAGACGAUCCAUAAGAUUUUUGUCUGCAACACCCCCUCCUACUUCGCCACCAUUUGGAAAUUCCUCAAAGGCUGGGUCGACCCCGUCACAGCCGACAAGCUGAUCUUCCUCACCCAGUCCGAGGUCCUCCCGACGCUAGAGGAGCACAUCGACACCGCCAGUCUGCCCGCCUCGCUGGGUGGCUCGCACCCGUGGAAACACGGCGAGCGGCCACUGCUCGAUGAGCCCACGAAGGCCCUCCUCAAGGUGGAUGAGCUGCCGCCGGGCCCGAUGAAGUGGGUGGUCGAUGAGCAGGGACGGCGGUGUCUGGUGGCUGUGGGGUCUGAGGGGGGUAAGCCGCGUAGGGAGACGGUGGCUGUUUUGGGGGAUCGUUGAAUUGUCACACUGUGUACAUAGAGUAUGGUAUACCUUUGAUAGAUUCGUUUGUGAUAGAUGUGGCUAUAUUUCGGGUUUGGAUGAUGUGUAG